AUGGGGAACAAUAUAGGAGGAAGGAAGAAAGCCAAGGUGAUGAAAAUCAACGGCGAAAUCUUCAAGCUAAAGGCUCCAAUAUCAACCUGGGAUGUAGUUAAGGACUUCCCGGGUCACGUAUUAUUGGAAUCAAAUUCAGUUAAGCAGUACGGCAUUAGAGCAAAGCCAUUAGAGCCACAAGAAGAGUUGAAGCCCAAGAAAGUUUAUUUUCUAGUGCAACUGCCUAAGAUGCCUGAGGAGAAGGUCCCAAGAAGGGCGCGAUCAGGUGUGCACAUGAGCGCGAAGGACCGGCUUGAGUGCCUGAUGUUGUCCCGGAGAUCAGUUUCCGAGCUUUCGACUAUCAGACCGACGACUCUCGUGUCCGGUUUACCUGGACCGAGUUCCGGUUCUGUUCAGGUUAAGAUGAGGCUACCAAGGGCCCAAAUGUCUAGAUUGGUUGAAGAAAGCAGAGAUGAAGCAGAGGUGGCUGAGAAGCUCAUAGACCUUUAUGUCAAGAACGCCGAUGAAGCCGAUAGCAUAGCACCGGAUGGAGAAAGCAAUUUGGGGCACAGGCAAGUUCAGAAGAGGCCUGGUCUUGAUAGCAUUAGAGAAGGCUGCAAAGACCCUGAGGUUAUGUGA